GUGGUCUUCAACCACUUCAAUGAAAGGCAAAACAUGGUUUGGUUUGACACUUCCAAAAUACAUAUCCCAGUUGAUGAGGACCAGAGGAACACCAGCCUGAGUAAGCCCAUAUUCAGGAGCAGAGUACAGAACAUCGUCUCUCCAGAAAGGCUAUUGUACAAGCAGCCCAGUGUCUUGGUGGGUCGUACUGAUGUGGUGGCAGUCACCCCAUGGUUGGCACCCAUCGUCUGGGAAGGAACCUUUGACCCUGACCUCGUCGACAUAAUCUACAAGUCCAUGAACCUCACCAUAGCAACAACAGUGUUUGCCGUUGGAAAAUACGUCCGCUUUCUCCAAGAUUUCCUGGAGACAGCAGAGAAGCACUUCAUGGUCGACUUCAACGUGCGCUACUACGUUUUCACUGAUCGUCCCGAUGAUGUUCCAUCAGUGAACCUGUCCCAGGGGAGACAUUUGAGUGUGAUCCAGGUCCCAGGUUCAAACCGCUGGCAGGAGAUAUCAGCCCGGAGGAUGGAGAUCAUUCAGACAGCCAUAGAACGUCAGAUCAGCAGGGAGGCCGACUACAUCUUCUGUCUGGACGUGGACAGCAAGUUCCACGCUCGCUGGGGGGCCGAGUCUCUGGGCAGGCUGGUUGCUGUGAUUCACCCAUGGUUUUACCAGGCGACCCGUGACCUCUUCACAUAUGAACGGCGCCCAGCCUCGACAGCCUACAUCCCCAUGGAUGAGGGAGACUACUACUACGCCGGGGCUGUGUUCGGAGGGUCCGUGGAGGAUGUGUACACACUAACAAAGGUUUGUCGGAACCAGCUUGAAGAGGACGCGAGGAAUUCCAUCGAGGCUGCCUGGCAGGAGGAGAGUCACCUCAACAGGUACCUGCUUUACAACAAGCCCAGCAAGCUGUUGUCUCCAGAGUACCAGUGGGAUGACAAGAAGACCAAAACCAAUGAGGUCAAAGUCAUUCGCUUCUCUUCUGUCAUUAAAAACUAUGCUGAAAUUCGUCCCAAUGUAUAGGACUAGGAAUUGGAUAUUCAACCGGCCGAAAAAAAAACUUUAUUGAUUAUGGUGAAUGUUAGGUUAAUUUCAAGUAUUGCUUCACUGAGGUUUGGGUUAAGGUUAGGGAAAGGCAUAAAAUGUUACAUUGGGUAUACAGAUGUCUGGCGCCAUUCAUUUUCUGUUGGUGAAAUACAUACACUUUGUUUUAUACCCUGAUGAAGACAGCUUGGCUGUCGAAAGGUUCGAUAUUACAUUUUUGCAUCUGAGCUCCUAGAGUGUGCGGCUCUCCUUUAUUUUCAUGAAAUAUAUACACCAACAUAAAACUACUAUUUUUAAUGUACUAUAUAUAUCAGUCACUGUUGUAGUUUAGGGAUAAUAACAUUCUUCAUUUAUAGGAAAAUAUAUAUAUUUUAUAACCUCAUUCAUCCUGUAUUCUGUAGAUUAUCUAUUGUGUAUGUUGAUUACUGGGAAAAAUCUAAAAUGUUUUUUUUUUAAAUACGAUUAUGUGUAUUUUUCUUGAAAUAAAUAUUUAACCGCU